AAUCAAUUGACCGACGGGCUGCUGGAUGGACUGGAAUGAAUGAAUGUUGAAUGUAUUGAAGUCGGUUGAUCUUCUUCGCCGGGCUCGCGCUUGGCGCGGCUGGCGGCUGGGAGAACCUCAGGCAGCCGGCAUGCAGGUGGUCAGGCAGAAAGGCGGUCAGGCAGUCAGGCAGUCAGGCAGAAAGGCAGUAAGGCAGUAAGGCAGCGAGGUGGCGUGCCCGGGUCUGCCUCAGGCGCGGCCCAGACUCGCCUCGAACCGGCGAUCAGAAGGACAACAACAUCCCCCCGUUUCAUUGCCAUUUCUGCCGUCGCUCGUCGGCCUCUGACUCUCUCACGGACCCCUGCAUCCCCGCCUGCAUGAUCUACACCUGGAACACCAAUUUAUCCUGAUGUCGGAACGGCUAUCCCGCCCCUCCAGUCCCUACUUGGAGCCCCCGAGGACGAGCGUGGACUUGGAAGACCCCCGGGCCCACGAUUCCGCGACUAACAGCGACGACGAACACUUCUCCGAUGCCAGCGAGGGCCACGAGCGCGCCCCGUCCCAGCCCCCGUCCGGCCGCGCCUCCCCUAUCCCCUUAACCCGAGUCGAGAAGGUCGACGAGGAUCCCUCCCACGGCGAAGUGCCCGGCACAGCGGCAUACGAGGUUCGCGAGCAGGAUGCGGUGCCCGACCAGAUUGAAGUGAUUCCGGAGGGCUCGCGCAGCCGGAGUGCGUCAGCUACGGAGCAGCAGCGGCCGCUGACGCCGAACUCGCCCAUCCCGCGGACCGUCGUCGAGAAAGUCGACCUGGACCAACCGAGCCACGGCGAUGUCCCUGGCACCCCAGCAUACGAGCUUCGAAAGGCGGACGCCGUACCGGAUGUGGUGAUGACGGCCGCGGACUCCGACGACACUACAACCUCCGACCCCAUCCCGGGAUCCUUCGAGACCGAACCAUCGGUCCCAGAGACAGUGCUGUCUCGAGUAGACUCCGACGAAAGCAAGCAGCCAAAUCCAAGUGACGCCGAGCCAGACCAGACGCACGUCGUCCCCGACACCCCAGAUUCGCCAUCAAGCCAUCGAAGUCACGCCAGCCGGGAGCCAUCAGUGAACGACGAGGCGAACGAGGAGGAAGACGAGGAGGCAGCGGACCCGCCCGCGGCGGACGACUUUGACGACUUUGGGGAGGAGCAAGCAGGCGAUGACGAUGACGACUUUGGCGACUUCGACGACUUCGACGAUGACUUCGAAGAGCCGACAGAGGCAGCAGAGGCCGAACCAGCCGACAUCCAGGCCUCACAGCCUCCCACACCCCCUUCAGUCCCCCCCAUCCUAGACCUCUCCUCCAUCCCCUCGCUCUCCUCCCUCCAAUCAAUCCUCGCUUCCCCCCUCGACCGCCUCUUCCCCAGCACAACCGACACAGCAACACUGCCCCCCCUCGACCCAAUCCCCAACCCCACCGCCAUCUUCAACACCGAGCGCUCCCUCUCCCUCUGGUCCCAACUCGUGGCGCCACCCCCCCUGCAGCCGCAAAACUGGGUAAAAUCGCGCAUCCGACGCCUCUUCCUCGUCUCGCUCGGCGUCCCCGUCGACCUCGACGAGAUCCUCCCCGCCUCCAAACAAAAGAAACUCAUCCUCCCCUCCGUCAACCCCGACCACGACCACCACCACCACCACCUCCCCUCCACGCCCACCACGAACACCAACCCCGCACACUCCCGCUCGCAAAGCACCGCCGCCAACCGCGACAGCACCAGCAGUCCCGGCCCCAACCACCCCACCUCCACAGCCGCAAAGCGAACCUCCACCAGACGCAGAGAACCCUCCCCGCCACCGGACCUCGAUCUCCCCUCCGUCCGGAGACUUUGUACGACCACUGAUGCUGCGCUGGAGGGUUUCACGGACGGGGAGCUGCGCGGUCAUGUUGGGGAGUUAGAGACGGUCACGUUGCGCGCGAGCUCCGUGCUCGAGUAUUGGUUGAAGAGGUUAGAUGGGCUGGUUAGUGAGAAGGAGGCGUUUGAGGGCGUUAUUGAGAAUUUGGAAGUGAGGAUUGAGGAAGUGAGAAUAGAUAAUUCAAGUAUGAUCGAUCGCAGCACGGCGGUACCAAAUGCCUCCUCCUCCUCCUCCUCCUCCUUCUACGCCUACGCCUAUACAUAA